AUGUCUCUGAUCCCAUUCUGUGAUUAUACUCCAUUUCCCAGGAACUGGAUUCCUGAUCAUGAACAGAUUUUGAGGGAGUAUAUCAAUUUGGAAGAUCCAGAGUUCUUUUGUGAUUUGCAUUUGUCAAUAAAACGUCAGAAGGGCUUGAUUUUGCCUCAAGAUCAGAUAUCUGAGGUUGUUUGGGAUUACAAGACACUUGGAAUAUGGAGACACCAGUCGACGGGUGAAAAAGAAGAGAGGGAUACUGCUGUCCAAGAAUCGGAGGGGAAAACAUGA